AUUUUAGCUGCCAUACGGCCAAUACCCAUAAGUUUUGGCGGCUCAAGGCAUCCACGCACGCACUUCAAAACUCUCAUUAAAAUCGAUCCUUAUCACUAUUCAACUUCGUACUUGUAAAAAUGGACCGGAAACAAUCUUCGCCGGAAAAUCUCAUUCUCGUCGACCGCGAACCGGACGGAGUCGCCUUCGUCACCAUCAACCGUGCCAAGUUGCUCAACUCGCUGACCAAGGCUAUGAUCACGGAUCUCGCCCGGGCCAUCAAGUCCCUGAAUCAAGACGAUUCGGUCAGGGUCAUUGUUCUGUCGGGUGCGGGUCGGGCCUUCUGCUCCGGCGUCGAUCUCACCGCUGCCGAGGACGUUUUCAAAGGCGACGUCAAGGACAUCGAGGCCGACCCGGUGGCCCAAAUGGAGCGGUGCAAAAAGCCCAUCAUCGCCGCCAUCAACGGCUUCGCGGUCACCGCCGGAUUCGAAAUCGCGCUCGCCUGCGACAUCAUCGUCGCCGCUAAAGGAGCGAAGUUCAUCGACACUCAUGCCAGAUUUGGGAUAUUUCCGUCGUGGGGUUUGUCUCAGAAGCUUUCGAGGAUAAUAGGGGCCAACAAAGCGCGUGAGGUGUCGCUGACGGCAACGCCGCUAACGGCGGAGGUGGGUGAGAGGUUGGGGUUUGUGAACCAUGUUGUGGAGGAGAGUGAGUUGCUGAAGAAAGCGCGGGAAGUAGCUGGGGCCAUUGUGAAGAACAACCAGGACCUGGUGUUGAGGUACAAGGCUGUUAUUAAUGAUGGGCUUAAGCUGGACCUGGGUCAUGCUCUUACACUAGAAAAGGAGAGGGCUCAUGAAUAUUACAAUGGAAUGACCAAGGAUCAGUUUAAGAAGAUGCAAGAGUUUAUAGCCGGUCGGACUUUGAAAAGGCCUUCUUCCAAGUUGUAGAAUUGCUAAUAGGACUUGUUUUCCAUUGUAAGCAUAAGAAUAUUGGGCUCCCAUAAUGCUGGACAUUAGAUCAAUUUGCCCUUCUAAUAGAUCACAAGUUAACAGGCAGUUCAAUGUUAUUGGGUACUUGGUGUUAGUUAACUGCAGCCUUGUUACCUUAUUUUCCUCUUUUCAGAUUUUGAAAUUCUAAAGCAUGCAUUCUGAAUCCA